CUCGCGCCACCAUGCCAGCCUGUCAGCCGCCGUGCGUCCGCCGCACCGCGGAGCCGCCGGCGCACCGCCGACUGGAGCGUCAGUAAGCGGACGAUGCGGCUGCUCACGGUGUCAGCGCUGCUCCUGCUCCUCCUCGGACCAGGGCUGGCUCUGCAGAUCCAGUGCUACCAGUGUGAGGAGAUGACACACGACUGCGCCACCCCGGAGUUCAUCGUGAACUGCACCGUCAACGUGCAGGACAUGUGCCAGAAGGAGGUGCUGGUGAAGGAUGACGGGAUUCACUACCGUAAGUCCUGCGCCUCCUCGGGAGCUUGUCUCAUCGCUUCAUCCGGCUACCAGCAGUUCUGCACCGGCAAGCUCAACUCGGUGUGCAUCACCUGCUGCAACACGCCGCUGUGUAACGGCCCCCGCCAGAAGAAACGACCCCCGGCGUCCGGCGCCGCGGCCCCGAACGCACCACGUGUCGGCCUGCUGCCCCUCCCGCUGCUCCCGCUGCUCCUGCUCUCCUCCACCCUCUGCUGACAGAAGAGCCUCUGGAGCUCAGGUCUUCUCUGACAGCCGAGAAAAACACACAGACUGGAACUGCACAAGCGGAAACGUUCAUACUUUGAAUACUUUGAAUAUAUACAAGCAAGCUUUAUACGGCGUCCGUCGUCCGGUGUCUCUUCUGGCUUUGUGUCGCAGCUCGCCUCCAAAGUUCCACAACACAAAGUGCACCGAGCUGGAAAAUAUCACAAACACGUGAA